UUCACUGCUAACGAAUCUCAGACAACAUGGCAGAAGUAGCUCCAGCUGCACCCGUCGAGGCCGCCCCAGCAAAAACUCCCAAGAAGAAGGCAGCACCUAGACCGAAGAAAACCGGCCCAAGCGUAGGCGAGCUCGUCGUCAAGGCCAUUUCUGAGUCCAAAGAGAAGAAAGGCGUCUCCCUUGCUGCGCUCAAGAAGGCUUUGGCAACUGGUGGAUACGAUGUGGAGAAGAACAAGGCUAGAGUCAAGCUUGCCAUCAAGAGUUUGGUAACGAAGGGAACUCUGGUCCAGACCAAAGGAACCGGCGCAUCCGGCUCGUUCAAGCUGAACAAGGCGAAGGCAGAGCCAAAGAAGAAGGCAGCACCUAAAGCCAAAAAGCCAGCGGCGAAGAAACCCGCUGCGGCAAAGAAGGCCAAAAAGGCUGUGGCGAAGAAACCUGCAGCCGCUAAGUCUCCGAAGAAAGCAGCCAAGAAGCCCGCUGCGCCAAAACCCAAAAAGGCAACAAAGAGCCCGAAGAAGGUAGCGAAACCCGCGGCGCUCAAGAAAGCAACGAAGAGCCCCAAGAAAGUCAAGGCAGUGAAACCCAAGGCAGCUAAGCCCAAAACAGCCAAACCCAAAAAGGCUGCGCCUAAGAAGAAGUAAUCUUCUUGCACAUGUUUCCGGCCAACAUCAUCAUGGUGUACUAAAAGGCUCUUUUAAGAGCCACCCAAAACG